CAUAAAUGCUCGCGUUUGGGCAAAUAUUUCUAAUAAAAAUAAUGAGCAGAGCAUUGAGUUUGAGGUUUGUUUAUAUGAUUGUAGAAUGGGGGAUAUGCUCAGUAAUAGUUGGAAAUCACUUCGUGGAAAAGCUAUUGCCUAUGUUUUUGAUUCUGUUAAAAUUAGUGUUUCUCCACAUCCAAACAAAGUUGGUGUGAUUAUGGUAGAGGGUGCUUACGAACCAUCAACGCCUAACCAAGAGGCUGAAUGUUCAAAAGGUAAAGAGACAAACAAAAGCAUUGAUGGUCAAGUUGGAUGUGAGAUUGGAAUAAUGCCUAAGGUUGUAGCCCAAGGGAAGUUUAAUUAUAGUGCAAAGAAUGCCCAUAAUAAUAAAUCAGUGACGAGUGAAUGGAAUUUAAAGCCCAAUGGAAGCAACAAAUCUGGAAUUUGCUGGUCAUAUGAAUAUACUACAGAUAAGGAUGCCAGAUAUAGAUUAGACUUUCCAUUUAACAGUCAACAUCAUCGUGGCAAAUGGGCAAUUGGAGAUAUGGUUGGAUUUCGUAUCGUUAUUAAGCAAGUAUUGCGUUACGUAAGAAUUAAGAGCAACUCUAUUAAUCCAACGUUUAUAAAUAUAACACAAUGCCCCAAAAUGACUCAUACACUCGAAAUAUAUUUUAAAACUAUUGAAGAUUUUAAUGAACGUUUUGCUGCACUCAAAAGGCGGCAUUUUAAGCAAGGAGAACUUAUUGUUACCCUAGAAGAUAUUAAGGAUGCAAAUGACGCUCAAAAUGUUUCAGAACUUAUAGAUAUAAACCGUGAUUUUAUGCGAAUCGAUUAA